CCGGCGAAGGCAUUUGAUAAAUUCCUCUCUCUCUCUUUGUUGUCCAUGCAUCAAGAUCUUCUCAUGGAGUCAAUGAACACGCUUAUGCAUACUUCUUCUACCUCGCUCCUCUGUUGCAUGUGUGGCGAUCUGGGCAUCUCGGAGCAGCUUUUUCAAUGCAGCGUCUGCCGAGUUCGACUUCAGCACCAAUACUGCAGCAAUCUGUACCCCAAGCUGGAGAGGUACAGCACCUGCAACUGGUGCUUAAGGAAGCACGUUAAUGGCGGCUCGAAGGAUGGAGGAACUAGGAAACGAGGAAGAGUAGCAGCUGAGGACGAGCUUAAACCAUGCUCGAGAUCGAGGCAAAAGCAGAGUUUUACGAGUAGAGUCAGAGCGAGGAAGUUUAAGCUCUUGCAAGAGGUUUACAAGUAGAGAUGGAGAGAUUCAAUAGGACAAAUAAAUUAUUUAUAUUCAUUUAUAAAUUAUGUUCAUCAAUAAUCUUGUAAAUAAAUUUUUAAAAACUCAUUUUAAACUCAAACUUAUUAAGGAAAUUAAUCCCGAUUUUUUAUUUUUUUAUA